CCUUCCGCGGGAGAGCACACGACUGCAGGGGGCGGAGCUGAUGGUUUCCUUGCUUAGAUAUUGUCUUAUUAUAUGAUUGAUUACGAUCAUGCUUUCAUUGUCAAAUAUAGGAAUAGUAACACGAGACAUUUCUUUUGAUUCUGCACAUUACGUGUCGCCCAAGUCUGGUGGAGGUCAUUACAAGUCUAACAGUCUGUCACCAUCACCUCGGAGUGAAGUCAGAGACGUUUGAAGACAAGAAGAAGUCAUGGCUCUCCUACUGGAGCACCAGUUCAGGCCACUGCCAGCUGACAGACAAGUAGAAACCAGACCGUUUUUAGAAACAGUGUCAUACCUUCCUCCAUUUUUUGACUGCCUUGGUCCGACUAUCUUUGCCCCCAUCAAAGCUGACAUUUUAGGGAAUAUUACAAAAAUCAAGGCAAUCUAUGACACCAACCCAGGACGCUACAGGACUCUUCAGCAAAUAUUGGAGGUGGAGAAGGAAAUGCAUGGUUCACAGUGGCCCAAAGUUGGAGCCACAUUGGCGCUCAUGUGGCUGAAAAGGGGUCUACGCUUCAUCCAAGUGUUCCUUCAAAGCCUGCUCGAUGGUGAAAAAGACGAAAACAACCCAAACCUCAUUAGAGUCAAUGUGACCAAAGCAUAUGAACUGACGUUGAAGCGAUACCAUAGUUGGUGGGUUCAACAGCUUUUCAGGGCAGCUCUGUUUGCCGCUCCAUACAAGUCGGACUUCCUGAAGGCACUCUCCAAAGGCCGGGAAGUCAAGGAAGAAGAAUGUUUGGAGAAAGUCAAAAAAUUCCUGGUCAACUUCUCCGCCACCGUUGAUGUUAUAUAUGAGCUGUAUAACAAAAUGAACGCCGAUCUUGACUACCGAGUGUGAUUGCAAGACAGGCCUUUGCCUUCCAGUUGCACUAUGCAUGGUCUGAAGGAGGUUAUGUCUUUACAAAUGUAUUGUCUGUGUAUUUUUGUGUCUUUGGUCAUCUGCUGACUCUCACUUUAGAUCACUUUAUUUUCUAAAAACAACAAGCUGUUUGCUAAAAAUGGACACCCCAUGGACUCUCGUGUGCUCAGGUGUACUUCAAUGCUAUUGCAAAUGUAUAUUUUGUACUCCUCCAAAAGCAUCUUCUACAUUCAGAUCUCAAUAAAUCUCUACAUUAAAGUAUAGUUUUAAAACCUCAUACUCAAAUUCCCUGUGCAGAUGUUUUUCUGCUGAAUGAGUGGACAUUAGCUGUGUGCUUCAAUAUUUACUCUUUUUUUCCUGUUUCAAAAUAUUGGAACUAAUAAAUUAUGAAA